AUAUCAGACAGUGACGUUUUGUGAAUGGCAACCACCCCUGAGUUGUCAUUUAUGAACUUUUUUAUGUGUUUAUAAACAAUUAAAAAGGAAAAAUGAGUCUCAAACCAGAAAAAGAUAAAGUCAAGCAAUUACAAGAUAAAUGCCAAUCAGUUCUCAACUCUCUGUUAAGGGAUGAAGAUAAUAAAUAUUGUGUAGAUUGCGACUCUAAAGGACCAAGAUGGGCGUCGUGGAAUAUAGGUGUAUUUUUAUGCAUACGAUGUGCUGGUAUUCACAGAAACUUAGGAGUACACAUUUCGAAAGUAAAAUCAGUUAAUUUAGACUCAUGGACUCCCGAGCAGGUAGUGUCAUUACAGCAGAUGGGUAAUUCAAGGGCCAGAGCAGUAUAUGAAGCCAAUCUCCCAGACAACUUCAGGCGUCCCCAAAAUGAUUCGAGUUUAGAAUCUUUUAUAAGAGCAAAAUAUGAACAUAAAAAGUACAUUGCGCGCGAAUGGGUAGCUCCUCCAUUACCUAAAGUUAAUUGGGAGAAAGAAAUAGAAGAGGAAAUUGAGAGGAACAGGCGUAAAAAGAAAACCAUAGUUGAAAAGAAAUCGUUAGGGGCCGUAGAAGUGCCCCAAUUGCCUAAACCUACUAAUCCUAGCCCUAAACCAGCCAGAGCUGUGAAUAGUGUAGAGACUACUAACAAACAGGAGAAAAAAGAUAGUGAUCUAUUAGGUUUACAAAACCCCGAAGAUAAUUUCAGUAGUUUCGUUUCCGCCCCUACAUCAGCGGUAAAGCCGGAAACACAAGAAGCUCUCGAUCCAGUUAAAACAGAAGAAGAGAGCUUCUUCAAUCAAGUAUUACCAACCGAAAAAGAAAAAGUAAAAUUAGACAAGGAUAGUAUUAUGGCAUUGUACGGCAAUGGACCAAGCGCCAAUAAUUUUAGCCAAUUUCCACAGACUGGAGGACAACAAGCUGCAUUCCAAGGAUUCGGAACCUCAUCAAAUUUUCCAACUUCCGGCUUUCCUAUGCAAAAUGGAAGUAUGAAUCAAGCAUCGGCGCAUGGUCAAUGGCCCCAACAGGCCCAACAACCACAACAGCAACAGAAUUGGUUUAAACAACAGCAGUAUCCACAAGGUCCACCCCCAAAUCAAGUUCAGCAUUUUACUCCCAAUUCAAACCAACCUCAAGGAAGCCAAUUCUUAAACAACUCAUUUGGAGGAUUCCCACAACAGAACUUCUCGCCUUCAUUCAACCCUUCACAACAGUUCCAAACGUCCAACCCGAUGGGCCAACAAAAUACCCCAAAUCCAUUUUUUAAUAAUCAAAACUUACCUCAACAGUUCAGCAAUUUGAAUGUGAGGUCAUCUCCACACUCGCAAGCGCCAAUGGGAAACUUAUGGACUAACUGAGGAAGCAACCAAAAGUGUCUAGGUGUAGUAAAUAAAAAUUUAACCUGGAGUUAGCUAUAAAGGGAUAUGACCCCAACUCAGACUGCUCAGUCACUAAAAUAUAUUUUAAAUAGAGAGUGGUAUAUAUUAAAUUUGAAUUUGAUAGUAUCACUUAACAUUUUUCAGUUGUUGAAAAACGUUAAAUGAUACUUUUAAAUAGUUUUUCAUUCUGAUCAUUAGCAAUAUUAAACCUGGUUGAUCAGAAACACGCAUUUAAGAAGUAUAUCAAGCCUAUUGGUGUCGCGGGUGUGUUCACCAGGUUUGAUGUUUGCUAUAACUAUUCCUUAUAUAAAAGGAUUCGUUAGGUUUUCGUAAUAAUUCUAUUUUCAUGUUCUAGUAAAGUAUUUAAAGAUCGUGUAACAUACAUCAAAAGACUUUAUGAAAGUAUCUAUUUUAAAAAUUAUUUAAUGUAUGCCAGACAGACAUAUUUCAGACAAUGUUUGGUGAAUAUUACUAUUUACUUUUUUCAAAGUGGAACUGUUUGGAUACAUGUUUUUUCCAAAAAAGUCCAAAUCAUUGAGAAACAUGUAUGGGUAUUCAUUGUUUCUAUGGGCCGUUUGUAAACUUCACUACUUCAACGAAUUAAUUAGGAAAGCUUCCAUUUGAAACAAAAAAGAUUGGCAUGGUUUGAGAACCAUUUUUUUUAUUUUUUAUUAUAUUAUAUUUUAUUUAGUUAAUUUGAGAAGCUUACAUCGAGUUUGUGAAUGACCAAUAAAAACUGAAUACUAAAUUUUACAAUCUUUCCAUUUGUUAAAAACGUAUUAAUAAUUACCGAUUUAGAUACCGUAUUUCAAGUAGAAGUAAUAUUCACCUGUUAUAUGUUUUUUAUAUGAUUAUUUCUUUUUAUAGUAAUCUCUAGGUUAAAUCAUAUUUAUUACCGGUUGCGUGGGGUGAAUAAAUCAUUUAAAGUAUGGUGAUGUUAACGGUAGGCUUAGACGGAAUAAGUACCCAACUCUAAAUUUAGCAAAAAAAUAUUCUUAUAAGCGUCCAGUAAGAUGAUACCAAGACAAGGAGCUGGCGCUUAUGUAUGGCUGGGGUGGCUAGUUUUCGGGCUACAGGGUGCUAAAAUUAGUCAAAAAGGAAGAAAUACCGAUGAAAAAAUUGUAGUUUUGAUUUUAAACCCUGAAUGUAAGCUCAAAAAUUUAGCUUUGACUGAUGCUAUCCAUUCCCCUUCCUAGUACAAAUGUUGUAAAUACUGUUUUUUAUGAAUGUCAUUAAAAUGAUACAGGGAAAUUAGAAAUAUUUAUGAAUAUCAAAACUAGAACCACUUCCAUUUGGAAUUAUGUUCAUUAUUCUCCAAGGUUAGUAGUAUUAUAGAAAAUACUACGUCAUCGAUUGUUUUUGUUACUAGCUAUGCUUCACAAGCCCAAAUCAUAGAUUAUUUUGAAACUGAUAUGUAGUACAAAUGAUUGACAUUUAAUUCCGUCGUGAACUAUUGCAACCACAGAAAACUUAAAAAAUUAUGCGAAGGCAUUGUCUUGUUUUAAGUAUUUAUGCAACUUAAAAACCAUACAUUUUUAUAUACAGGGUGUCCCCGAAAAUAGUGCGUUCCUUUAAGGUAUGGAUAUAAUACACAAUGUAGAACAAAAAGUCCUAUAACAUUUUUUUCUAAAGUUAACCGUUUCCAAAAAAAAAAAUUACAUUGUUCGCCAUAAUAAGCAAACUUUUAUUUUCAUAAAAUUAACUAAUUUGGCAUCACUGUACAAGAACUGUUUAUGAUUUAGUUUAUUGACACCACAAAUGUAGGUCAGACAGGUGCACCUGCAAAAUAAUUGUACCACCCCAUGCUUGAAAAUCCAACAAAACAAGAAUUUGUUUGUUUGUUUAGGAUGAAGACAGGGUUUAAUGUAAAUACUUAUGGCUAAAAUGCUGCAAAUAUUUUUGAAUUGUGAUUGUCUAUGUUUAGAUUUUUGUAUACAUAGUUGUCAGAUUUCAAUUUGCAUACCAAAAUGUAUUUUGGUUUUUUAGCAAAACGGUUGCAUUUAGAAAAAAUGUUUUUUUUUUGCUUUAUAUGGUGCCUUCUACCUAUACCUUUAAGGAACACACUAUUUUCGGGGACACCCUGUAGUACUUAGGCAAGAUUGUGUAAACCAAUUUAUUGCUUGUAACUUGAAGGUACUAUUAUUUGUAUAACUAUUUCUGGAAUGACUGGUUCUUUUAAACCAUUCGGUAGAUCUGUUCGCCAACUCUCGAGUUUCUUGUUUUUUAGGCUCAGUAGUAGAUGUAGUCGUUGAUUUAAAUGGUUUGUAACUUAUGAUCUUUAAUACUCAAAACAAGGUUGAGUAAUUCAAGUUAUUUCUUAAAGAAAGCAUGUGCUCUUACUUGCAUAACAUUUUCUGCAGUGAGUAGUUCUAAUGAAUCAUUCAGCAGGUAUUCUCAAUUAACUCUUGAGUUAGUCUUGGUCAAUUUAUUGCCUACAAAGCAUGAGUGCUCAAUUCAAUAGGUCUUUAGCCCACAUUUCGAGUUUUUAAUUUUGUUGGGUUCAGAGUGGCUGUAGAUGAUUGGCACACUAUAACCGUCCACGAUCUACUAAUACUUAAAACUAGGUUGAAUAAAUCAAUUUGUUGCGUAAAUACAGCAUGUGCUCCUACUUGAAUACCGUUUUCUGCAGUGAGUAGUUCUAAUGAAUCAUUCAGCAGGUAUUCUCAAUUAACUCUUGAGUUAGUCUUGGUCAAUUUAUUGCCUACAAAGCAUGAGUGCUCAAUUCAAUAGGUCUUUAGCCCACAUUUCGAGUUUUUAAUUUUGUUGGGUUCAGAGUGGCUGUAGGUGAUUGGCACACUUUAUAAUCGUCCACGAUCUACUAAUACUUAAAACUAGGUUGAAUAAAUCAAUUUGUUGCGUAAAUACAGCAUGUGCUCCUACUUGCAUACCGUUUUCUGCAGUGAGUAGUUCUAAUGAAUCAUUCAGCACGUAUUCUCAACCAACUCUUGAGUUAGUCUUGGUCAAUUUAUUGCCUACAAAGCAUGAGUGCUCAUUUCAAUAGGUCUUUGGCCCACAUUUCGAGUUUUUAAUUUUGUUGGGUUCAGAGUGGCUGUAGAUGAUUGGCACACUAUAACCGUCCACGAUCUACUAAUACUUAAAACUAGGUUGAAUAAAUCAAUUUGUUGCGUAAAUACAGCAUGUGCUCCUACUUGAAUACCGUUUUCUGCAGUGAGUAGUUCUAAUGAAUCAUUCAGCAGGUAUUCUCAAUUAACUCUUGAGUUAGUCUUGGUCAAUUUAUUGCCUACAAAGCAUGAGUGCUCAAUUCAAUAGGUCUUUAGCCCACAUUUCGAGUUUUUAAUUUUGUUGGGUUCAGAGUGGCUGUAGGUGAUUGGCACACUUUAUAAUCGUCCACGAUCUACUAAUACUUAAAACUAGGUUGAAUAAAUCAAUUUGUUGCGUAAAUACAGCAUGUGCUCCUACUUGCAUACCGUUUUCUGCAGUGAGUAGUUCUAAUGAAUCAUUCAGCACGUAUUCUCAACCAACUCUUGAGUUAGUCUUGGUCAAUUUAUUGCCUACAAAGCAUGAGUGCUCAUUUCAAUAGGUCUUUGGCCCAUAUUUCGAGUUUUUAAUUUUGUUGGGUUCAGAGUGGCUGUAGGUGAUUGGCACACUUUCUAAUCGUCCACGAUCUACUAAUACUUAAAACUAGGUUGAAUAAAUCAAUUUGUUGCGUAAAGACAGCAUGUGCUUCUACUUGCAUACAGUUUUCUGCAGUGAGUAGUUCUAAUAAAUCAUUCAGCAUAUCUUCUCAACCAACUCUUGAAUUUUUCCUCUUUAGUUUAUAAGUUGAUGUAGUAGUUGAUUGGGAGUUUUUAGUCUUCUAUGAGACGAGAAAUCAAAAUCAAAACAAUAUUUUUUAGAUCAAUUUGUUGCCUACGACGCAUAUAUGCUGAUAUUUGUAUAACCUUAUCUGCAGUGAGUAGUUUUAAUGAAUGAUUCAGUAGAUCUUUUGGCCUACAUUUCGAGUUAUUUAUUUCUUGACUUUCUGAGUGGGUGUAGGUGAUUGGUACACUUCUAAAUUAGUCUACGAUCUUGUAGUACUCAAAACAAGGUUGAGUAAGUCAAGUUUGUUGCGCAAGGAAUGCCUGUGCUCGUACUUGCAUAACAUUUUCUGCGGUGAGUAGUUCGAAUUAAUCAUUCAAUAGAUGUUCGCCAACUCUUGAUUUUUUUUUAUCUUUUACAAGUGGAUGCAGUUCUUGAUUUGCGUGGCUUCUAACCUACGAUCUUCUAAUACGGAAACAAGGUUGUGUAAGAUAAUUUUUUGCCUAAAGACCGCAUGUUCUCUUACUUGCAUAACGUAGUAUGCAGUGAAUAGUUCUAAUGAAUCAUUCAGCAUGUCUUCUUAACCAACUCUUGAAUUUUUCCUUUUUAGUUUAUAAGUUGAUGUACUAGUUUAUUGGAGUUUUUUAGUCUUCUAUGAGAUGAGAAAAUAAAAUCAAAACAAUAUUUGUUAGGUCAAUUUGUUGCCUACGAAGCAUAUAUGCUGAUAUUUACAUGACCUUAACUGCAGUGAGUAGUUCUAAUGAAUAAUUCAAUAGAUAUUUUGGCCUAUAUUUCCAGUUUUUUAUUUUUCGAGUUCAGGAGUAGGUGUAGGUGAUCGGCAUACUUUUAUUCGUCUACGAUCUUCUAAAGUGUCACUUAUAAGUGUUUAAAUUGUGACAAUUUUGUAAAAAUGGAUAAAACAUUCAAAAGUCAUGAUAAUUCUAAUAUAAAACGAAGUCCCGCCAGAAGAGUCCCAUCGGAUAUUUUUCGCAAUCCUUUCUUGAAUGUUAUGAUAGAUUUUCGUAGGUCCGAUAAACAAAAUUUAACAGUAACUGAAUUAGUGAGAAGAGGAACCCAAAUUUGGAGACAGAUGAGCGAAAAAGAUUUUUUAGUCUUCUACAAGACCAGAAAUCAAAAUCAAAACAAGAUUGUGUAGGUCAAUUUGUUGAAAAUGCAUGCGUGCUCCUAUUUGCAUGACCUUAUCUGCAGUGAGUAGUUUUAAUGAACGAUUCAGUAGAUGUUUUGGCCUACAUUUCGAGUUUUUCAUUUUUUAAGUUCAGUAAUGGAUGUAGAUGAAUGGUAUACUUUUUAAUCUUCUACGAUCUUCUAAUACUGAAAACAAUAUUGAGUAAGACAAUUUGUUGCGUAAAAAUCGCAUGUGUUCCCACUUCCAUAACGUUUCUAAUUAAUCAUUCAGUAGUAUAAUCUUCGAGUAUAUUACGCAAUCGUUGAUUUCCAUGGUUUCAUGUAAUCUACGAUGUUCUAAUAAUGACAACAAGACAAUUAAGUAAGACAAUUUGGUACGUAAAAGAAGUUGUCUGCAGAACGUGUAAUAGUUGAUUGGAAUGUUUUUUAGUCCUCUAUAAGACCAGCAAUCAAAAUCAAAACAAGAUUGUGUACAAUUUUUUUGCCUACAAAGCACGUGUGUUCAUAUUUGCAUAACCUUGUCUGCAGUGAGUAGUUCUGAUGAAUGAUUCAGUAGAUCUUUUGGCCUACAUUUCAAGUUUUUUUUAUUUCAGGAGUGGGUGUAAAUGAUUGGCACACCUUUUAAUCUUCUAAUACUCAAAAAAAUGUUGAGUAAGUCAAUUUUUUGGCGAAAGAGCAUGUUCCCAUGUUUGCAUAACUUUUCUGUGGUCAGUAGUUCUAAUUAAUUACUCAGUAGGUCCACUGACUAAUUAAGUUUUUUCAUCUUUUGGUUUCAACAAUGGAUGUAUUAGCUAAUUGGCAUGAUUUCUAGUCUUAUAUGUUUUGUAUUUUAAUUUGUGAUAAUGUCUUCAUGAGUAAAAAUCAUGAAUUAGUAUCAGAUUGACACCAGAGAGUCCAUUUAAUCUUAUAAAACAACCUCUGAGCCAUAAUCAAGAUUGGCACAAUUGAGGUAGUUUAAUGGAAAUCUAAUAUUUACUAAACAUUAAAAUAUAUUUUGUUUAACAUUAAUUUUUAAAAUUUACCUUCUACCUUAAUAUCCAAAAAAAAUAAAUUUAGGUUCUUAGGCCAAAAACUAUUAAAAAUAGCAAAACCAUGAUUACAGCAAAUACAAAAAUCUUUAAAAAGAAUCAAUUGUGUUCUAUUUAGACUUAAUUACACUGAUUUUCUGUUUGAUUGUUUUGGUUUAUGAAUUUUAGUUUUUCGUAGUUAUUACGGGCAUCUAAAACUACUGAAUGUUUUAACAUGAAUUUAUUUAAGUAUAUAUUUAUUUUAUUUAUAACAACCAAACCGUAUUUCAAGUAAAAAUUGUACUAAUGUAAUAAUUUUUAUUUAUUUUAAUGCAGUAUGUUCGUUUCUUUUAAGAACAAACCUAAAAUUGAUUAUAUCUAGGCUUUAAUUAUUUUUACUUAAACUUACUCCUUUUUUUGGCAAUUUUUUCAAAACUUUUUGUGAAUGUUAUGUUGAAGUAAGGUUAAGUACAUAAAUUUUGAUAGAAUUUGUCCGGUUUUAAGCAAUAUAGUCGUAAUUUUGUUGUUUUAAGCUUUUUACAACCUAAUACCACUAAUACAACUCUUUUUUAGACCCAACUUAUUUUUCAUUUUUUUUUAGUUACUUUAACUUAAUGUUAAGUCAAUUUAGUACGCGACUUUUUUUUCUAUCGACACAAGUUUUAAGGUGAUGCAGUAGCGAUCAACAGGUAGCCAAAAGGCGUUCCAAGAUUGCGGCUGUAAUUUUGAAUAUUUUUUCGAGAUAUUUGGCACACGUAUUCGUAAUAUAAUAAAGAAUUACAGAGCCCAAUUUGAAAAAUAUAUUAAUAUGUGGAAAUUACUCUGUAAUUAAAUACAAUAUUAAAAAACGAGCCUCUACCGCCAUUAAGAAAAACAAAAAAAUACACUUUCUUCAAAUAAACUUUUUUAUCCGAUGACUAGAUUUUGGAACUACUAAUGAAAUAAAAAUUUUUAGUAGUUCCAAAAUGACACAAAAUCUAGGCAUCGGAUAAAAAAAUUUAUUUGAAGAAAGUGUAUUUUUUUGUUCUUCUUAAUGGCGGUACAGGCUCGUUUUUUUAAUAUUGUAUUUAAUUACAGAGUAAUUUCCACAUAUUAUUAUAUUUUUCAAAUUGGGUUCUGUACCGCCAUUCUUUAUUAUAUUACGAAUAAGUGUGCCAAAAAUCUCGAAAAAAUAUUGCAGCCGAAAUCUUGGAACGCGUUUUCGCUACCUGUUGAUCGCUACUGUUUCCUCUUAACCUAUUAGAAUAUAUUGGUAGAUAGUUGUAUAGUUAAUUUGUUUGUGUAUUUAUGAGUCAUGUAAAUAAAAUAUCUACAAGUAUACUACAAAUAGGUUUGAAAUCGAAUAGAGAAUUUUGUAUCAUGUUGAACUAAUUUUUCAAGAUUUUUCACGUUCAAGUAGGCUUUACGGUAGCUGCGUUACAUAUGUUGUUGUGAUCAAAAGUGACGCCUCUGAUUUCUUCUGUCGAAAUAUUAAUAUGUCAAAUAAACAAAAAUACGAUUGAUUUAGAGAGCAAUGGAUCCACCUACUAGCGUCCAAAAAUGAUUUACAUUUACCUUAAUUUUGUCGAUAAAGUUUAUUAAUAGGUACCGGCUCCAAUACUAAUUAAUCUAUUGAGUGCUAGCAACGCGUCUCCCGCGUUUUGACAAACUUUGUUUAGGUACCAGCAACGCGGCUGCCGAGUAGUUCAUUUGAUUCAUUUAUGUGUCUAAUAUUCCGCUGGCAUAUGAAGAUUAACAUAUUGUGGAUGGAAGUCAAAAGGUUCAGAGUACCAUACUCUUUAAUAAUGGAAGUUACAAACACUAAAAAUGUGAAUAUGAUUUUAAAACAUUAAAAUACAUCUUACAAUUAUUAAUUACUAAUAAAAAGAAAAAAAAAAUGAUAUAUUGCUGGUUGGUUUACAUUUUAGUUUUUUUAAAUAUAUAUUGCAUAUUAAUUACAUGGACUUUUUCCCCUGUUUGGAAUGGACAUGUCAAGUUCUUUUCCUGUACAGGGUUUUUUUAAACACAUAUCUUUUGACAAGUUAUUACUCUGUUUUGUGUUACUCUUGGAAACUAUGUAAUUAAAGCUACAAAUUGGUAUUAAAAACGACAAAUGUCAAAAAUUGGACUUAUCAAGUACUUUCCCUGUGGUCUUCAUAUCUUUUGACAGUUGACAUAAGAGCCACCAUUUUGGUCUUAAGUAGCUAUCCGUAAAGCCGUAAAGUAUAUUUAAUAACCAUGUAAUUGAAUUAUGUCAGUGACAUUAACAAUUAAAACUCAUGCCAACUUAUGCAAAUUUAACUUAUUUGGUUACUAGCUUUAUGAAAAUUAUACAUUGUGAUAUAUAGACAAAAUAUGUAAUUUCUUUGAAAAUAAUUUCACGUCGUUUUGUUACAUUUUUAUUGAUCUUACCUUUUCCGCGUUUUUGACUUCUUUUGACAGUUUACUUAAGGGCCGCCAUUUUGGUCUUGAGUAGCUAUUCGUAAAGCUAAAUCAGUGAUGAGUUCACUAAGAACCGACAAAAAGACGCAAAAAUAAUACGUUAAAAAAUAAAAAGAGAUUAAACUACAGUCCGUCUCACCUUGACCUUACAGUAUCAGGAACAUAGGCAAAGCAGUCCUUAUGAGAGUUUUUAGCGCGGUGAUGCCGAUUUUAUCAAAAAGAAUUUGUAAUCGAACAUUAGAGAGAUUAAAUUAAAACUGUUUUAGAAAGGCAAUCUACAAUUUUAGGAUUCAUAUACUUAAUAACUAUAGUAUAUCAAAUAAACUUAAACGCAUAUGAAUCCUAAAAUUGUAGAUUGCCUUUCUAAAUCAGUUUUAAUUUAAUCUCUACUGUUCGAUUACAAAUUCUUUUUGAUAAAAUUGGCAUGACCGGGCUAACAACUCUCACAAGGACUGCAUUGUCUAUGUUCCUUAUACUAUAAAGUCAAGGUGGGACGGAGUAUAGUAGAAGUGAAAAAUUAUCAAUAGAAACCUAUAAAAAUUUACAUUAUAUUGAUAGAUUCCCACCUUUAGACAUAUCGAAGGAUUAUGUCAACUAAAACUGUCACUGUCACAGUGGUAGUUGCCAAACUCGUUCGAUACCUACGUCGAAAGGUGGGAAACUAUCAAUAUAAUGUACAUUUACCACCUCUACUAGUUUCGUCUCUUUUUAUUCCACACCAUAUUAUGUUUUAUGUUAUUUUGCCGGUUAUUAGCGCACUCAUCACUGUAUUUAUAACCAUGUAAUGGGAUUAUAUCAGAGAAAUUAAAAAUUAAAACUCAUGCCAAUUGUAUGGCUUUAUGAAAAGCUUUGUAAGCUUACAGUGGCUAUUGUAAGCUUUAUGAAAAUUGUAUUUUAAGUACUAUAGGAGUAUAGUUCUUACUUUCACUCAUAGUCAAUGUAGUAAGAUCCGUAAAGGUUGUCUAUAAAAGAAUCAUCAUAAGAACCAGUUUUUACAGCACACAAAAAUAAAUGCAUUUUUAAUUUUCUUUUGGUUCACUCUGUAGUUAGAGAACGUAAUUUUUCAUUGGGGUUUUUGGUUGUGGUACGCCGUUUCCGUUGUAAAAGAAGGAAGUCUACUAUCGUUAACAUCCCUUUUUUUCAGGGUAGAGAUUCUAUAUCUAUUUUUAAACACCCUCUGGGAUUCGUCCGAUGAUUGUAAAUUUAAUAAAAUUGCGAUUUUAAUUGUUUGUCUUUUAAUAUGUAAGUUCAGAAACGAAGCAUGAUGACAGUUUUUACUGAUAUUAAACAUGUGUAGUAAAUUA